GAGGUUAAGCAAUAAGUUUCCAUCUGCAGAGACAGGAACGUCUUUCCCCCGGAUAGGAUUUAUUUUAAGGUUUGUAAAAAAAAAGAAAAAAGUAAAGCAUCAAGAGAGGAAGAGAUACUCUGGGGAACAUUAAGGCUCAUUGACCUAAAUGUCAAUAAGGGCUGUCUAAGGGGUGGAGGUGCUUUAAUUAAACUAUUGGGUGCACAGUAACAGAGAGAAAUGCAUUAGUCAAUAUGGCCCUUGUGCAUCUCUCUUCGGUUUUCCAUUCUCUCCUUUCAAUAUUCUAAAAUCCAAAAAUGACUAUUCAGAGCAACACUUUGUCCUAAUUAUUUCCCCCUGUGUUUCUCUGGUGUCUUUUCUUCACUUAUCACUCCUAGAUUAAGUAACUCUUUUUCCCUUUAAUUCUUCUGCUGAACACUCCCAUCCACAGCUGCACACAAUAAGUGCAACACCAUUUUUUUUCUUUUUUUUCAAUUCUCACGACUCUGUGCAGGCUUGUAAACAACAAAUAUAACAGCUAACAAUGCAAUGCUUUGUUUCCCCCCCCCCAACUCCUCACUUUGCCUUUUUUCCCACACUCUGUCUAUAUCUUCCUCGUGUUCUGCUCCUUUCUGUCGCCUCUGUAUGUUUUCAUUUUCUUCUUCCCUGCAUGGAAUGUAAAUACAUCAGCCAUGAACUGACCACAGGCUUCAGCAAGGGAUCUCAGCUUUCUGCUGAUCCUGUCCCAAGACCUCGCGUGUUCGGAUAACGACUUUGUUUUUAAGCAUUUCACAGAAUGUGAACGUGUGAGGUGGGAGACGUUUUAGAGAGUGUUAAAGUGUGAAGGUUACUGUCACAUUUAAGGUCAAGGAAGACGUUUUACAGACCGACUGAAACGCCUCGGUCGUGUCCAAGCGUAACCUCUCCGUUUGUCCAUGUGCUCAGCUGCCUUUUCUUUCUUUCUUCCUUUCUUUUUGUUUCUCUCACGAAUCAAAUCCAAGCCACUUAAAACAAAUAAUAUGGUGUUUUCUGGCUCUCUCUUUAACGCACAGCCUGUUGUUCAAAUAACGCAUCUUUCCUAACAUUCCCUCACCUCAACUACAAGCUGCUGUGUUUUCACUGAAUCACUUCCUGCAUGUAAACACAGGAAAUGACACGAAUGCCAACAUCUGCACCGCUUUUUUGCUGCCCUGAUGUGUAUGCGUGUGUGUGUGUGGGUGUGUGUGUGAGUGAAUUCAUGAGUUUGUGAGAGGGGGAGAAAGGAGGGAGCAAAGUUGAACAAAGCAGUGCUGGAAAUAACAGAUAGAUAAGACACAGACUGUGCAUUGCAGCCAAGUAGACAAAUUACUUGUACAGUACAAUUUUAGCUUCACAAUGACUUUUUUUUUUUUUUUGUAUUUUAUAUGUUUUGUGUUUGUUGCAUUUAUUUCUCUCCAAGGAUAUGGACGUUAACAAAGACGUCACAAAGCGUUCUCUCCGCCUCCUUGGUGUUAUCUGCUCCCUGCAAGGAUUUGCUCCCUGACUUGUUAUUCCUCUUAAAUAUAAAUGAAACACGCAUGCAUGCUCUUCCUCCUGGGCGUACAUGCAGAUAACACAGCCCCCUCUACAUCUCUCUCUCUCUCUCUUUCUCUCUCUGCUCCUUCCUCACUCGCGCAUUCCCACGAGCGUAAACGCCUUCAGAAGACCUGGACGGAGCUGCUGCUCGAUUCGAAUCAUUGGAUUAAAAAACAAAACUAAAAAAAAAACGCCAUUACCUCGCUUGAACCCGGACUUCUUAAAACGGAAAUUCUCCAUCUGACCCAUUUUAUAGUACUUUGCUUUUUGUUUGGACGCGCGGUCAAGUUUUGGACCCCAACGCUCCACAAAACGACUUUUACGCAUCAGGCAACCACAGAGGGCGUCACAUUGACCGCUUUUCUUUAGCUUCUUCAUCUUCUUCUUCUUUUGCAUUGUAAUACCUCUGUUACGAUGCAAGCUUUUACGCGUCUAAAUAAUCCGAACGACGAGAAGGGAAAUGAUUUCUAUUAAGUAGCGUGUUUCUCCGCCCUCAUCAUCCUCUGCGCGCAUACUGUGAUCUCCACCAGGCGUAAGAAAAAAAAAAAGUGUUCCGCGCACAAAUCGACGCUUCUUAUCGCUCAAGUUCUAAUUUGAGGCAAGGAAACUGUCGAAAUGACGCCUCUCGGUCUGCCUUAAAGGAGCUGGGAUGCUGGUGAGGGCUGCUGCUGUUUCCAAGAGGCUGCAUGGGAGCGAGCUGUCAUCUUAGUUCUCCCCGGCGCGGCAUCAUCUCGCUGGAAGUAGUAGGCUUCAGUGUGGAAGAUGGCUUUUGACUUUCCCCCAGGAUACAAAGCGUAAUCCCUCUGCAUGUCUGAUUACACCGUGACAGUGGAGACUCGUCUUUCAGUAAGGUAAAGGAUGACUGCAGCAGCAGGUGUACUGACAGGCUUGGCCAAGCUCAAGCGCCAGGACUCGGCCCGCUCUCAGCAUCGGCCCGUACCACCCGCAUCACAAGGCUUGGCUAACCCCGGCUCCGAGGGCGCGCCCAGAAAGCGGAAGCGACGCACAGACGUUGUGGUGGUCCGAGGAAGGCUUCGACUCUACUCGGCUUCUGGCUUUUUUCUCUUCUUGGGACUUAUCAUCUUGGCAGUAGGGAUUGGUAUGGCGACCCUCGGUUACUGGCCGCACAACAAAGCCGUACCGACAGGAGGAGGAAACGAAGUGAAGGUGGGGAAGGGUGUGACCAACGCAAGCCAUGAUGUUCAAGACUCACCUUCAAAGCGGACAGGCGGCGCUCUGAUGCGGUUUCUGGAACAACAUCUUCACUCUGAGAGGAUGAAGAUGCUUGGGCCCUUCACCAUGGGCAUAGGGAUUUUUAUCUUCAUCUGCGCUAAUGCAAUACUUCAUGAAAACAGAGACAGGGAGACUAAGAUAAUCCACAUGAGGGACAUGUACUCCACGGUCAUCGACAUCCAUCGCCUCCGGCAGAGGGAACAGAGACAGUACCACCACCACCGCAGCAGCAGCGUGUGCGCGCGAGACGUGGGUGACCUUCGCAGUUUUGGGGCUGACACGGCAGCGCGCCUGGCCAGCAACUCCCUCCUGGGCUUCUCGUCUCGUUCUGGAAGCAGAGUUGGGUCCACGGAGGAGGAGGAGGUCCUGCUUGGGGAUGAAGAAUUCCACAGACACAGAGAGCAGGCCAGGUUGGAUUGUAGCUUUGCGGGACUGCUGGCGCCUUUGUACAAGGAUGGGCCCUUUUACGGCGCCGGACUUGGGUUGUCGCAGUCCGACUCAAUGCGACACCAGUGGUCGGUGGACGGAGAUGUGGAGAAGGGAGGACACCAUGCGGGGUCUAUUGUCUCCUCCUCCAUCUCCGCCUUUACUCUCCCUGUUAUUAAGCUAAACAACUGCGUAAUUGAUGAACCAGAAAUGGAGGCAAUUACCGAGGAGGACAGAGGAGGCGAGAGGCGGGAGGGUGAGAGGCCAGCGCCUCUGAGCUCCAUGGAGUCUCUGGUGGUGCCAGUAGCAUCUGUCGCCAAGGCCUCCAAGCCGCCGGGCUUGCAGCGCAGCAACUCGGCGUCCUCUUCCUCCCGCUGCUCUUCCUUCUCCUCGUGCAGCCUCUCCCCGGCUCCCUCCUCUACCUCAGGCUGCUGGCUCUCGCCGGGAGCGGCGAGGAGCGACUUUGGCUCCAACUCCUCUCUGCACAUGCUGAACAGCCACAGCCACUCCAAAUCCCUGGACCUGGAGCGCGGGCCCAGCAUGCUGAGCGUGCGCUCGGAACAGCGGAAGCACCCCAGCUGGCCGCGGCUCGACCGCAGCAACAGCAGCCGCAGUCACAGCGGGAACAGGGGCAGCAGCAAGGGAUACACGCGCCUGGAGGACAGGGAAGAGCAAGCGGAGCGGCUCUCGGACGCGUCGGCGUCCCCGACAGACAGACGCGACUACAGCAAGCGAGAGAAGCUGCUCAUGAUAUCCAGGUCGCAUAAUAAUCUGAGCUUCGAGAAGGAUGAGUUUAAUAGCAGCACGUUGAAGAGAGGAAGCUCGGAAACUCGAUUCUGAAGGCGCGCGAAGGAAGGGGCAACACCAACUCUCUCCUGGUCUGUAAAAUUGUUCUUCACGCUGUCUUAGUUGAUGACUACGAGACUAAGUUGUGCUUUUAAGACAAGUUUUUUUUUUUUUUUUUUUUUUACAAGGAGCAAUAGCACCAGUAAGUAACAUUAGAACCUGCACAGCAAAAAGGUUUUGCACUUAAAUGGCUGUCUGACUCCACAUGCCUGCUUUACGACAGUAGUGGUGCUGUUUUACAGCUGACUCUUGCAUGUGGAAGGUGAAGCUCCCUGCGGGGAUCAAUGCAACGACUUCAAAUUACAUGAAUAGCCUCUGGUGUUUAACAAACUGGACCAGGCAUCAGACAGUGAUGUUAAAUGAAGACGGUGGCCUGCAAAUAAAUACGACAAAGAGGCCCUCAUUGCCCUGUGGUCAUGUAAUAUUGACCUUUCCCAGGAACUUCAGUACAAAGAUGGCUGCAAAUACCAACAGUUUGGUAUCUGUGGCUGCGGCUCUGCUGCGGGUAUUUUUCAACUAACUGCUAGGUUAGAUUUUACUCAGGAUUAGUCAUCUCUACAUAUGGCCACAAACCCACUUAGAGUGCAGAAAAUCUCUUGUUUUAUUAAUAACAAUUGUGUCAUUGAUUGAGGAAUAUUUUCAGAAACAUUUUGCAAUAACUCCUGAAAGAAAUGAACAUCUUUCAAACCAGAUCUUUUCCUGCCUUACUGUUUAAUUCCUAAAACCAAAUGUGCAUAUUUGUUAAAUGACUUGGCUGUGGUUUAAUAACCAUAUCUGAACCCAAUCUCGUCUACGAAGAAAAGAACUACAAAAUUUGAAAGGCAUAUUUAUGCUUCAAUGCUUCAACUGUUUUUCCAGCUGUAUCUGGAAUGGAAAAGACGGUCAGGACUAAAGAGAAAUGAUGCGGGACUGAAGACUCCUCAGUGUUUAAGUCCCUGAUGAGUUUUUUUUUUUUUUUUUUGCUGGUCGUGUUUUCAUAAAUCACCAUUUGAAGCAUUUUUACACACAUUAGUUUCCAAAGAUUGCCACAUGUAAAUAGCUUUGUCCCAUCACAAGAUGCCGUCACACAUUUUCUUCCAUUAAACUGCAAACAAAUGGAACAAAAUAAUUCACGAAGCAGCUGAAACUGUCUUUGAAAACAGAAAGUAGAGCAAUACAGCUGCAUCUCCUGUUAACGUUUUUAUUUAUUUCACCUGUACUUAUUUAAUUGUUGUCAAUUGCAAAGGAAUUGAACACAAAAUGAAGUUUAUUGGAAAACUACAAUAUGUAACAAAUGAAAUAGCCAAAACAAUGUGACAAAUAAACAUCAGCAACAGACACGGAAAAAAAAACUACACAAUCAUGAGGAUGACUGAUAAAUAUCCAGCAGACAUUCUCCAAAAAGUCACAUAAGAUUCACUGCUAGGUGAGCUAUAUCCUAUUCGGUAGAUGGAAAGUUGAGUGGAAGGGAAAAGGGCGAUAGAAAAGAGGAUUCAUAUGAUACAGGAGUUUCACUUUUCUUUUUGACUGAAUUACUGAAAUAAAAUCAAUUCUUGAUGAUGUUCUAACUUACUUAACUUUUGUAAAAUUUGGUUUGGGCUGCUAGAUAAAAGUCACGAGACACGUUACGGCGGCCAUCUUUGUUGACACCUCUAUAAAAGUUUUUUAUUGUAGCAUUUUCCGCUACAUAUGAAACAAGGUCGAAUAGUAAAAUUGUUUUACAGUCUGAUGUGUGUUGAGAAUCUUUUUUCAGAUGAACUAGUUUCUAGCGGUCUGUGAGUCACUGUUCAAUUUUGUUGUUUUUUCUCAGAAUAAAAUUUAUUUUCUCUGAAAA